AUGGCUUCCGCUGCUAUAUUGGCGAACAUAGUUGUAACUGACCUUGUUAUGGAAAAGGGCACUCGACCUGGAAUGGAAAUUUCAAGCGACAAGUUUGUACCUCGACCUGAAAUUGUAAAACGACUUAAAAAAUUUUUCAACCCUAUGAUCAUUCGUAUUUAUUACAUGGUUUGCGGUGAACAUGGAAUUGGGAAAACUAUGCUGACAAGGAUUGCAUCGAGUGAAGUUGGACACGGAGUUAUGUGCGUUGAUGUUCUAUCAGAUAUUAAAAGGUUUGGUGAAGAAUUUGGAAGUACCCUUAAUUUCACAUUCGAAAAACAGAUCUCUUUUACACAAAAAAUCCUAGGCACAACUAAAACGUGCUGGUGCAGUAUACAAUCAAAACCACCGGUUAUUGUUUACGAUAAUAUUAGCCUAUUGGUUCACAAAAAUCCGGAAAUCAUCGACAGUCUCCAAGAUGAUGCCAAGGACAAUGCCGAUGACAGAAAAUAUAUCGCUGUGUUUGUAAGCAGUGAAGGUUCGGUGCCUAGAAUAAUGGAAUGUAAGAAUAUUAUCAAGGAUUUGUUGAAGCCUAAGGAGCUUAGCUAUUUAGCGUUCGUGGACUAUUUCAAUAAUAUUGAUAAAUUAAAUGAAGUGUUGGGAAGCAAUAUAUUUGCUUAUCACCCGGAAAAAAACACCGUGAGCCUCCAAUCUCAAUCGGUAAAAUAUUAUAUUCUGGAAAAGGUAGACAUAUUCAUUAAAAAAUGGGGUCUGUGA